CGCGGCCAGCGGCCACGCAUCGCCAUGGUGAUUGUGGGCAACUACUGCGAGGCCGAGGGGCCCUUGGGGCCGGCCUGGGUGAAGGGGGGCCUGAGUCCCUGCUUCUUCUUCACGCUUAUGUCCUCGACACUGAUGGCCCUGGGGGCUCUGGCCUUGGUGCUAACCCUUGCCUACAAGCGCCGGGAGCGGCCAGCGGGCCCCCACGAGCUGUCCUGGAGCGCCGGCCCUCUCGUCGCUCCCUAUGUGCUGCAGCUGCUUUUGGCCACACUUCAGGUGGCGCUGCCCCUAGCCGGCCUGGUUGGCCGGGUGGGCACUGCUGGGGGCGCCCCGCUGCCAGGCUACCUUCUGCUGGCUUCCAUACUGGGGACUCUGGCCAGCGCCUGUGGCCUGGGGCUGCUCGUGGUGGAACAUAACAAGGCCUGGCAGAAGCUAGCAAUGGGCAUCUGGAUCGAGUUCAGGCACAGCUCGGGUCUCCUGCUCCUCUGGACUGUGGCAUUUAUAGCUGAGAACUUGGCCCUUGUGUCUUGGAACAGCCCACAGUGGUGGUGGGCACGGGCAGACUUGGGCCAGCAGGUUCAGUUUAGCCUGUGGGUGCUGCGGUAUGUGGUCUCUGGAGGGCUUUUUAUCCUGGGACUCUGGGGCCCUGGACUUCGUCCCCAGUCCUAUGCCUUGAAGGUUAAUGAAGAGGAUCAAGACGUAGAGAGGAGCGAGGUUCAGUCAACAGAGGCACCACCAAGAUCUACGUGGCAAGACCUUGGCAGGAAGCUCCGCCUACUGAGUGGCUACCUGUGGCCUCGAGGGAAUCCAGUUCUGCAGCUUGUUGUGCUCAUCUGUCUGGGGCUCAUGGGGUUGGAACGGGGACUGAACGUGUUGGUCCCCAUCUUCUAUAGGGACAUAGUGAACUUGCUGACUGAGAAAGCACCGUGGAGCUCCCUGGCCUGGACCGUCACCACCUAUGUCAUCCUCAAGUUCCUCCAGGGGGGUGGCACUGGCAGUACAGGCUUUGUGAGCAACCUGCGCACGUUCCUGUGGAUCCGGGUACAGCAGUUCACAUCGCGGCAGGUGGAGCUGCGCCUCUUCUCCCACCUGCAUGAGCUCUCCCUGCGCUGGCACCUGGGACGCCGUACCGGGGAGGUGCUACGGAUUGUGGACCGGGGCACGUCCAGUGUCACAGGGUUGCUCAGCUACCUGGUGUUCAACGUGCUCCCCACGCUGGCUGACAUCACCAUCGGCAUCGUCUACUUCAGCAUGUUCUUCAACGCCUGGUUUGGCCUCAUUGUGUUCCUCUGCAUGAGUCUUUACCUCAUUGUGACCAUUGUGGUCACUGAGUGGAGAACGAAGUUUCGACGUGCUAUGAACACACAGGAGAAUGCUACCCGGGCCCGAGCUGUGGACUCUUUGCUGAACUUUGAGACGGUGAAGUAUCACAACGCGGAAGGUUACGAAGUGGACCGCUAUCGAGAGGCCAUCCUCAAAUAUCAGCGUUUGGAGUGGAAGUCAACGGCUUCACUGGUUUUACUAAAUCAGACCCAGAACCUGGUGAUUGGACUCGGGCUCCUUGCUGGCUCCCUGCUUUGUGCAUACUUUGUCAGUGAGCAGAAGCUACAGGUCGGGGACUUCGUGCUCUUUGGCACCUACAUCAUCCAGCUCUACAUGCCUCUCAACUGGUUUGGCACCUACUACAGGAUGAUCCAGACAAACUUCAUCGACAUGGAGAACAUGUUCGACUUGCUGAAAGAGAAGCCAGAAGUGAAGGACCUCCCUGGAGCAGGGCCCCUGCGCUUCCAGAGGGGCCAGAUUGAGUUUGAGAAUGUGCAUUUCAGCUAUACCAGUGGGCGAGAAACGCUGCAAGAUGUGUCCUUCACCGUCAUGCCCGGACAGACACUGGCCCUGGUGGGCCCGUCUGGAGCAGGGAAGAGCACAGUGUUGCGCUUGCUGUUUCGCUUCUAUGACAUCAGCUCCGGCUGCAUCCGAAUAGAUGGGCAGGACAUCUCACAGGUGACCCAGAUCUCCCUCCGGUCUCACAUUGGAGUCGUGCCCCAGGACACCGUCCUCUUCAAUGACACGAUCGCUGACAACAUCCGCUAUGGCCGCCUGACAGCCGGGGACGAGGAGGUGGUAGCUGCUGCCCAGGCUGCGGGCAUUCAUGAGGCCGUUAUGACUUUCCCUGAAGGAUACGAGACGCAGGUGGGCGAGCGGGGACUCAAGCUGAGUGGUGGGGAGAAGCAGCGUGUGGCCAUUGCUCGCGCCAUUCUCAAGGCUCCAGACAUCAUUCUGCUGGAUGAGGCAACAUCAGCACUGGAUACAUCUAACGAGAGGGCCAUCCAGGCUUCUCUGGCUGAAGUCUGCGCCAACCGCACCACCAUCGUCGUGGCGCACAGGCUCUCAACUGUGGUGGACGCGGACCAGAUCCUCGUCUUUAAGGAUGGCUGCAUUGUAGAGAGAGGACGGCACGAGGCUCUGCUGUCCCGAGGCGGCAUGUACGCGGACAUGUGGCAGCUGCAGCAGCGGGGACAGGAAGAAGUCUCUGAGGACACCAAACCCCCAGACUGAGACCGGUGACAAAGCUGUGGCCACGUCCCUCCCAAAGGAUAACUCAGGGGAGUAAGAUGUACCCCGUUUCCCGGCAUGUUUCAUCCCCGUGUUGGGGUAUGGUGCUGGCUAUAGCUGGGGGAAAGAACCUUUCGGAAAAGCACUUUUUGGGGAAAUAAAAGUGUGGACUAUGCUAGGA